GUGGCGGGCUGGGGCGGGCCGAUAAAAAGUGCGGGAAGAGCAAACUGAAGCCAUUGCUCAUAGGGAUCCCUCGAAGUCCUUAUCGGCUCUUCUAAGUGUUACGACGCUUCCCCCACAACCGACAACAUGCGUGAGUGUAUCAGCGUGCACAUCGGACAGGCGGGAGUGCAGAUGGGCAACGCGUGCUGGGAGCUGUACUGCCUCGAACAUGGUAUCCAGCCCGACGGCCAGAUGCCCUCAGAUAAGACCAUCGGGGGCGGCGACGACUCCUUCAACACCUUCUUCAGCGAGACCUCCUCCGGCAAGCACGUACCCAGGGCCGUGUUCGUGGACCUGGAGCCGUCCGUGGUGGACGAGGUGAGGACGGGCACCUACCGGCAGCUGUUCCACCCCGAGCAGCUCAUCACGGGCAAGGAGGACGCCGCCAACAACUACGCGCGGGGCCACUACACCAUCGGCAAGGAGAUUGUGGACCUGGUGCUCGACCGCCUCAGGAAGAUUGCCGACAUGUGCACUGGCCUUCAGGGCUUCCUCAUCUUCCACUCCUUCGGCGGCGGCACCGGGUCGGGCUUCACCUCCCUGCUGAUGGAGCGCCUCUCGGUGGACUACGGCAAGAAGAGCAAACUCGAGUUCUCCGUCUACCCGGCGCCGCAGGUGGCUACGGCCGUCGUGGAGCCCUACAACUCUAUCCUCACGACGCACACCACCCUCGAGCACUCCGACUGCGCCUUCAUGGUCGACAACGAGGCCAUCUACGACAUUUGCCGCAGGAACCUGGACAUCGAGCGGCCCUCCUACACCAACCUCAACAGGCUCAUCGGCCAGAUCGUGUCCUCCAUCACCGCCUCCCUCAGGUUUGAUGGUGCCCUGAACGUUGAUCUGACGGAGUUCCAGACUAACUUGGUGCCCUACCCUCGCAUCCACUUCCCACUGGUGACCUACGCGCCCGUCAUCUCCGCCGAGAAGGCCUACCACGAGCAGCUCUCCGUGUCUGAAAUCACCAACGCCUGUUUCGAGCCUGCCAACCAGAUGGUGAAGUGUGACCCCCGCCACGGCAAGUACAUGGCCUGCUGCCUGCUGUACCGCGGCGACGUGGUGCCCAAAGACGUGAACGCCGCCAUCGCCACCAUCAAGACCAAGCGGACCAUCCAGUUCGUGGAUUGGUGCCCCACAGGCUUCAAGGUUGGCAUCAACUACCAGCCGCCGACCAUCGUGCCCGGCGGCGAUCUGGCCAAGGUGUCCCGCGCCGUGUGCAUGCUGUCCAACACCACCGCCAUCGCCGAGGCCUGGGCACGCCUCGACCACAAGUUCGACCUGAUGUACGCCAAGCGGGCCUUCGUGCACUGGUACGUUGGCGAGGGUAUGGAGGAAGGCGAGUUCUCCGAGGCCAGGGAGGACUUGGCCGCUCUGGAGAAGGACUACGAGGAGGUGGGCGUGGACUCUGCCGAGGCUGACGGCGAGAUCGAGGGUGACGAGUACUAAGUCCUCGUCGGCCAAGGCAGCUACCCAUCAGGCCUCGCUGGGGAGUGCCCGGCUCUGAUCUACUGCACUAAAACUUGUUACUUACGGGGUUAAGGAACACUACAACACUUACUCUAGCCACCCUAACCACCUUGUUACUUUGCUUGGAGUAACAUAGUAAUACUUUGGACACUUUAUCAUCUACGGUAUUAUCAGUAUUAGAUGGACUGUUUGCAAGUAAGAGUAGACGGCUGAGCGGCUGCCAUGGCUGGGGCUGAGUGGCUCUUGGUCAUGGCCGCAGCCUGCUCGUUAUCGUUUUAAGACUUUUCUCCUGUUAAUGUUUUAAUUACCAGAUGAGAAAUGCAGAAACUUUCCUUUUGUUCACUAUAAGUAGCUCGAGGCCUUGCUCAUCCCUCGGGCAGGCCAAGGGCGACCCCUAUGCAUGUUGCGGUGCUGGUGGAGCUCAACGUUUUGUACGCUUGGUGGAAUAAAACACGGAGUCACAAC